AUUUUUUAGCCAACGAAGACCCAACGCCUGUAUAAAAACCGACGAAGAGAAAAUAUCAUUUCGAAUAGAGCAAAUCCGGUACACUGGUCUCUCUGUUAUCUGCAGAUAUUUUUUCUUCCUCUCCGAUCAGAUAUGAACUGUCUUCAGAAUCUUCCUAGAGCCCCUGCCUUGCCUCUGCAAAGCUUCAAAAGCCAUCAGCGAAAUCCUUCCUCCUUUGUCAACGCACUGGGAGUGAUGAGUAGUGCUGGUCUACAACUACGACGAAGCAUGGCGCUCAAGGCAAUUUCGGGUCCCACGUCCAGUGCUGAGGCAAGUGGUGCCAAUUUGAAGGAGGAAAAGUCCAAGAUAUACAGUAACAAUAUGACAGAAGCUAUGGGUGCUGUCUUGACCUAUAGGCAUGAACUAGGAAUGAACUACAACUACAUUAAUCCGGACUUGAUAGUGGGAUCAUGCCUACAGACUCCUGAAGAUGUUGACAAGCUUCGUCGUAUUGGAGUGAAAACCAUUUUUUGCUUGCAGCAAGAUUCAGACUUGGAAUAUUUUGGGGUUGACAUCAAUGCCAUUCGAGAUUAUGCUAAGAUGUACGAUGACAUCACACACUUGCGUGCUGAGAUAAGGGACUUUGAUGCAUUUGAUUUACGGAAACGGCUUCCAGCUGUUGUUAGUAAAUUAGACAAGGCCAUAAAUCGAAAUGGAGGCGUAACAUAUAUACAUUGCACUGCUGGAAUUGGAAGAGCUCCUGCAGUUGCUUUGGCAUACAUGUUCUGGGUUCAGGACUACAGACUUGGUGAAGCUCACCAAUUGCUGCUGAGCAAACGCUCAUGCUCCCCAAACCUGGAUGCUAUAAAAAGUACGACUGCUGAUAUUCUUACAGGCCUCAGGAAGAAGCUUGUCACUCUGACGUGGGAAGAUCUUAAUUACUCAACAGUGGAGGUUUCUGGACUUGAUAUUGGAUGGGGCCAGAGAAUACCUUUGAAAUUUGAUGAGGAACAGGGUUUGUGGAUUCUUAGGAGGGAAUUGCCAGAAGGAUGCUACGAGUACAAAUACAUCGUGGAUGGUGAAUGGACGUUCAAUAAGCAUGAGCUUGUAACCUCCGUCAACAAAGAUGGCCACAUCAACAAUUAUGUUGAAGUUCUUGAUGAUAAUCCGGAUAGUCUUAGUGCAGUCCUGAGGAAGAGAUUGACUGGUGAUGAUCCUGAUCUCACAAAGGAUGAACGACUGAAAGUAGGACAGUUUCUUGAAGCUUUUCCUGAUGAUGAGCAGUAGAUGGUGAAGGUAACUUCAAGUGGUCGGUAUAACAUAAAUGUACGGAUUGUUACUAAUAACAGCAUGAAUACCCUCUGUCUCACAAUAAAGAAAAGUUCGAAAAUAAUAUAUUUU